AUUUUUAGCUUAAAUCCCGUGUUGGAGUGGUUACAGGACGAGCUAGUCUGAGUGUUUGAGAUAUUGUAUUGUUCUUGUUGUUUUGAAGAUAACAUUCCAUAAGAACGGCUAGAACAACCCUACAUUUUCCAUCUACACUCAGUCUCCACUGCGUGAUUGAGACGUGACCCACCAUGGGCAGCUACAGUGACUCUACGAGUGACCUGGAUGAAGAUCUCCCUGUGUAUGACUUCCUCCAGCUGGGCUGUAAGCUGAGUCAAGCCUCCCACAGCCACACAGAUCAGCCACACCUGGUGGUUCUGGACAGCUCUGAUGCAGAGAUGCCCAUCUCCUCCUCCCCUGUUUCCGACACAGAGAGGGCAGUAGAGGGCCAGGAUGCAGGGAUAAGGCAGAGGAUUGCUGAUGUUAUGAUGAUCAGUAGUGAGGAUGAAGAAUUGGAGGCUCCCUAUAUCCCCCUGGCUCUGAGACUCCAGCAGAGACCGAAGGGUCUGGAUCCUACGUCCUCCAUUUCCAGUAACGGACAGAACAACCUUCACUCUUCAUCUGACCCUCAUGACGGUUUAGGCCUGUUGGCACCAAAUGGUCACUCAGAGUCCAAACCACUAUUCGCCUCACACCAGGCUUUAAAUAGUCAACGUAUGAUGAAGGACAUUGGAGAUGAAGGACCAGACUUGUAUGAACCAGAGGAGCCAGCUGAUUCUCUGCUAUGUCCUCUGCCAAAGCCCUCCUCCUUGGCUUGGAGCACCUCCAACUUCUCUGACAAGCAGAAGACCUCCAAGAGGACUACCAAUGCGAUCCAGGCAUCCAGGGAAGAGUCGCUGAGGAGGAGGGAGGCCAGGAGGAGGCAGCAAGGGGACAAGGAGGCACAGAGACUGGAGCAGGAGAGGCAGAAGUUGGAGAAGAAGACCCUGGCAGAGGCUGUUAAAGCAAUGCGACCAGAGGAGUGUAUUAAGCACAUAGUGGUGGCAGUAGAUCCAGCUUUGUUACAGUCGGAAUGUGGUGGUAUUCUGCUGACGUCACUCCAAGCUCUGGGCUGCAGCCUAUCUGUAGAAAAACAGCCACUCCCUGGCAGCAUCAGCUGGGUCAGGAGAACCCACAGCAGUCAGACAGGUGAGGUGGUGUGUAUUCCAGAAGCCCACACAGUGAUGCAGGUACCUGUCGAUGACUUCAUCAACCUGGUUUACUACUACACUCAGGAGCAGAGGGGUGGAGGUCCAAAUUGUAGCCCCUCUUUGACUUCAUGGACCUUGGGUCUUAUGGCCCGAAACCCUAGCAAGACCCCCUGUUUGGUGGUCAUAGACCUGGAGAAGUACUUCAGAUCCCAGAAGUCCCAGAGCCAGAAGAAGUACCGAAAUGCAGUCCUGGGUGAGGAGCAAGCAGCUGGAAAGCUGGCAGGGAAGAGGAGCAGGAAGAAAGAUGGAGGUGAAGCCCUCCCAGAGGUGUCUCGAGUUGAGGUGGAGGAGGCUGUGGUACAGCUUCAGAUACACACACAGGUUCAGGUGCACUUCCUGUCAACCUGGAAGGACUUUUCAGACCACAUUGCCAUGGCAACCAGAGCGGUAGCUGAGGCCCCAUUUAAGCGAGAGAGAGAAAAGACAGGCUUCUCCUUCUAUCUAGAGAGUGAGUGGGCUGGAGGUCACAAGGUGGACCGUGCUGGGAAAGGACUGCUGCAGGUCUGGAAGAGGCAGAUCCAACAGCUCAACAGAGUCAGCCCAGAUAUGGCUUCUGCUAUCCUGGCUGCCUAUCCCUCUCCACAGCUACUUAAACAGGCAUACCAAAGCUGCAAGUCAGAGCGUGAGAGGAUUUCCCUUCUGUCGGACCUCCUGAUUCGUCGAGGGGAGGGUGUGACUUCCACAACACGCCGGGUUGGUCCAGAGCUCUCGAAGCGCCUGUGUUUGAUGAUGACCUCUUCAGACCCCCAGCAGACCCUGGACUCCACGUUUUGAAUGAAGUUUUAAUGAUGCUAUGAAGACAUCUAGCAAACACCCUGAAGUCAGAUAGUGAAUAUUAGUUCCCAGUUGUUUGAACAUUAUUUUGAUUGUCCUGUUUCAUCCACAUGACAGAUUUUAAUAAAAUGCUUAAGGUUGUAUACAAUCAUAUGAGUAGCAGUUACAUAAG